AUGCCUGGUACACUCCAAACGCCGCAGCCUGAUGGCUUCCCACCUGGGCGCCGCGGAGUCUAUCUCCUCACGCACCCUCGCUCAGCAUCCAAUCUCUUCCAAACCAUGAUGUCCAAGCAGCCCGGCUACCAGAACUCUGGCUACAAGCUCUUCGACGGCGGCUUUGCUACGCUGAUGAAUCUCGAGAAAGGGCCACUGAGUGAAUGGCCCGAGGAGGAAAGGAACGGGUUGUACGAGACGUUCAAGACGGGGUUUGGCAAGUUGGAAGACGAGUUGGACGACUGUGCGAAGAAUGGCAAACAAGCCUUCGUAAAAGAACACACCAUCUUCCUCUCGGGCCCUGACAGACUCUUCUCCACCGUCUACCCCUCGGACAAACCCCCAGCCCUAACCAUCCACCAACGCAAUGAAUCCCCCUCACUCCCGCACACAAACCCCACCUCCGUCCCCGACAGCCUCCUCCUCUCUCUGCAACCCAUCUUCCAAAUCCGUCACCCAAUCCUAAUGUUCCCAUCCAUGCUGCGCGCCCAAAAAGAUACGUUCCCAGACACAAAACCGCGCACCCUCUACACAUGCACAACAUACACCCUGAAAUACACCCGCGCCCUCUACGAAUGGUACCUCUCCCAAUCCGGCACCUCAGGCAUCGUCCCACGUAUCAUCGAUGCCGACGACAUCAUGAACAACCCGUCCGCCGUCCGCCAAUUAUGUCUCCAAACAGGUCUCGACCCCGACGCCGUGCAGUACGAGUGGGAGGAGAAGAGUGAAGACAAUCCGCUCAUGGCCCGGUUUCUGAGCACGAUCAAUGCAUCUAAAGGGAUUAAAAAGGGAUACGAGGCGAAGGGACUGACGAUGGAGACGGAGAGGAAGAAGUGGGCGGAGCAGUGGGAUGAGGAGUUUGCAAAAGAUUUGGAGGAUUUUGUUAGCAAAGCGCAGGCGGAUUAUGAGUUUUUGUGGGAGAGGAGGGUGACGGGGGAGGGGUUGGAGGGGAACUAG